CAAGUGGCGAGACAGUUUGGUUUACAGGAAUCGAUAUAGAAGUGUAUCGGUUAGUGUUGCCGGUAGCAUGACAUUAUUUAAAGAGUAGUAUGCAUCAGGCGUUCUGUUAAAGGAUACAUGUUUUAAUUCAAAACAGUAUCGUCGUCUUUUUGUGUAUGUUGAUUGCUAUUAAGAAGUAAAGUAAGCAGAAUUCGACAUACUGUGUGCUACAGUAUCUGUGGGCAAUUGAUAACUAGGAGUGGAGUCCUUGUGGGCGUCAAUUUAGGGGAAGCGGUACUGUGGGUUGUCGAAGUGUAGAGUUGGAAUGUUUGCUGUUAUUACGGGUGGCUUAGUACUGGAGUUUUAGGUUGUUUACGAACAUCAGCCUUCACCGAAGCGAUGACAACCACGGAAAAGGGUGAAAUAGCAAAACUUCAGCAGCACCUAGCUUUACUGAAAGAAGAAUAUGUCAAACUCCAGGCACAUGGAAACGAAUUAGAGAGGAAAUACGCUCUAGCCGCAGCUGCUGCGGGAGAAUUGAACGAAAAUAGUUUCGUUUCCAGACUGUUGAGGACAGUAGCAAGUCUCUUCAAUCAACAGCUAUACAGUGAUAUAAAGGUGAAACUGAGUGGAAGAUUAGUACCUGCUCACCGUCUUGUACUAGAAGCUCGAAGUGAACACUGGGGUUCGUUGUCUGACAGCUUAGAUUGGAGUUUCUUGGAGCCAGAAGUGGGUUUUGCUGUUCUGAAGUGGGUAUAUACUGAUUUGGUGGAUUUUUCUCAAGGAGAUUCUUUCACACUAGACCUCAUGAAGACUGCCAAUAAGUUCCACCUUGAUGAGCUUGUUGCAAAGUGUGAAAAAGCUCUAAUGGCAUCUGUGAAUGUCCGUAACUGUGUAAGAUUUUACACAACUGCUGAUGAAAUAGGUGCAAAUACACUGAAAGAACACUGCUCAGGACUCAUAUCAGCUCAUUGGGAUGACUUCUCAAGUGAAGACUUUGCUCAUAUGAGUGCACCACUUCUGUACAGUAUGUUCAAGUCAAAAACAGGCUUCCCAUUACAUGCUGCAGUUAGACUUCAUAGAGAAGAUGUGGUUUUUCUGUAUCUUGUUGAAAACAAUGCAGAACUGGGAGUAAAAUUAAACCAGUUAGAUGUUCGUGGUGAUCUUCCAUUGGACUUAGCACUUCGUGAUCAUCAAACUAGUAUUGCUCGCACUUUGGUGGAACAUAAGGCUGAUCUUGAUGCAAGGGACAGCCAAGGGUACACGCUCUUGCAUCGCGCUAUUGACAGAGGAGAUGAUUAUGCAGCAGAAUUCUUGAUAGAACAUGGUGCAGCAGUAGGUGCCGUAACACCAGAGCAAGGCAACACAGCACUGCAUAUGGUGGCAAGUUUGUCACCUGCAACCACAGGGGAUUCAACUAUAAGUGCCAUGACUGGAAUUGCACAGAAACUUUUAAAACAGGGUCUUAGCCCAAAUAUGCAAAACAAACAGGGUUUCACUGCAGUACAUUUAAGUGUCAUGGCAUGCAAUGAACCUAUGUUCUCACUUCUUCUGGAGUCUGACGCAGAUCUCAAUCUGCGCACUGAGGAAGGGCACACCCCAUUGUGGUUUGCACUGCUUGUUGGACCUCCAUACAAUGACAAGAGUUUUGCUGCUAGACUUAUUAAUGCAGGAGCUUCACCAAACCCAAUCUACACAUCAUCUGCAGACUCGCUUCUACACCUUGUGGCUCGUGAAGGUAUAGAAGAAGCUGGACUAUUCCUUUGCACUCAUUCGGCCUACAGCAAUCAUGUCAACAGAAAGGGUGAGAGUCCUCUGCAUGUUGCAUGUGCAAGGGGCCUUAGCAAACUCGUUGGCAAGUUACUUCGCUGUGGAGCUAAUCCCAACUUGCAGACAUUAAGGCUCACGGAAGGAGGAGGGAACGAUGAUAAAGUAGAGAUGGCAUACAGACAGACCCCCUUGCAUAUUGCGAUAAUGGAACAGCAGGAAGAAUCAAUUCAAUCCAUAAUAGACUUCAAAGUGGCUUUGUCGGGACGAAAGGAACAGAAGGGGAUAGCUCCAGAUUUGAACCUGAAGGACUCUUCUGGUAAUACUCCUCUUUCAUUGGCUUUGAGUAAUGGCAUGGAGCAUUUCGUACCCACUCUUAUAGAAGGAGGAGCUGAUGUCAAUGUUCGCAAUGGAAAAGGUCAAACAUUGCUUCACCAAGCUAUUUUGAAGCAGGAUACACAUACAGCAUUAUUCCUUCUUGACCAAGGUGCUGAUAUGAAUGCUGUUACACAAGAGAAUGAAACUUCUCUUCAGUUGGCAAUCCAGAGUCACUUGACUCGCGUUGUGGAAUCUCUUUGUCAGCGUGGUGUGGACAUGUCUGUGCCAGAUGCCAGUGGAAACUGUCCUCUUUGGGCAGCACUUGCAACCGGACAGGAUGACAUUGCCUCUGUUCUUGUUAGGAAUGGAGCAGAUACAGAUUGUUGGUCUGAAGGGCCUGAGGGUUCGUACCAGACCUUACUUCACAGAGCCAUUGAUGAGAACAAUGAAUCAGUAGCUCGGUUUCUUAUACAGAGUGGAUGUGAUAUGAAUGCCCCAAGACGACCUGGACCAGGUGGAAGAGGUGGUGAGGAAGCAAGAAAUCAGCAGGGCCCUCUUCACAUGUGCUGUGAGUGGGGCCUAGAAACUGUAGUACAAACAUUAAUUGAGCAUGGUGCAGCUAUCAACAACAAAGACAUUCAGGGCAAAACUCCAUUACAUAUAGCCAUAGAAAACCAGCAUGAUGGUAUUAUUUCUCUGCUGCUUUGUCAUCCUGGGUUAGACUUGACACUAAGGGACAAAGCUGGUCUAACACCAUUUGCUGCAGCUCUCACGUACCGUAAUAACAGAGCAGCGCAGGCCAUCCUUGAUCGUAUGCCUACAGCAGCUGAGCAGUACGAUAAUAAAGGCCGGAACUUUCUGCACACGGCUAUCCAAAAGGGAGACAUGGAGAGUGUUCUUUUUCUGCUUUCCAUACAUGUGGAUGUCAACUCAAGAGUGCAAGAUACUAGUCAGACACCACCAUUGCAGCUUGCUGCAGCUGCUGGAUCAGAAAUGCUUGUCAGAUCAUUGGUGCUUGCUGGAGCAAGGGUAGAUGACCGUGAUGCGCACCGAAGAACAGCUUUGCAUGUUGCAGCUGGAGCAGGUCAUGCAGCUGUUGUGUCAGCUUUGCUACAGAAUGGUGCUGAUGCAGAUGCCUCAGAUUCAGAAGGAGAUAAUGCAUUGCAUAUUGCUUGCCGUGAAGGUCAACUAGGCACAGCACGUGUACUUCUUACUGAAUCACAGCUGGAUGCCGAGGCAGCAAAUCUGAAAGGAAGAAAUCCUCUGCAUGAACUUGCAAGGGCAUCAAAGGACACAGCAGCUGGGAUUGCUGAAUUGUUCAUCGAAUGUAUGCCGCGUUACCCACUAGACAAGCCAGAUCUUGAUGGCAAUACAGCUCUUCUUUUGGCAUACAUGGAAGGCAAUGGGAAUUUAUGCCAUACUCUGGUGAGUUUUGGAGCUAGCCUUGGCACUAUGAACAAGGAUGGUGUUACAAUUUUCGACUCCCAAGGUUCAACAAAGGAGCUUCUUCAUAGUUUGCUGGAUAAUUUAUCCCGGGAGCCACAUUUUACAGAAGGUGAUAUUUGCUUGGAGUGUGGAAUUAAAUUUGGAGUGAGUGUUCAUAAACAUCACUGCAAUCACUGUGGGCGAAACCUGUGCAGCAGGUGUUCAGACAGAGCUGUACCUAUCCUGAAGUUCGGAUUGAACAAACCAGUCAGAGUGUGCACUGUAUGCUUCAGUGUGUUACAGGGACCUGGUUAGAAUGAAGUACUUCUGUUCACUUUCCCCCAAUUCCUUUGUGUAUAUAAUGUCAACAUACAGUAAUGUUGUUUUCUCUGAUUUGCAUUUGCUGGCUAGAAUAAUAUUGCUUGGAAUUAAUUGUUGAUUACUGAAAAAUCUAAGAAUGUUAAUGCAUUUUGAUUAUAAAGACGUGUGUGUGUGUGUGUGUGUGUGUGUGUGUGUGUGUGUUCAAGAUGGGGGAGCCUUAUUUCAUUCCCGCUCUUUUUCCUUGUACAUGGUGGGGCAAAUAAAGUGGCCUGGAUGAAUGGAUACAGUUAAACAUGAAGGUAUGCAUAUAAUGACGCACCCAAUGCACACACUACGUGUAUGUCUGCCACAUGAUCCACACUGGUUCAGUGUGCACUGUGUGUGUGUGUGUGUGUGUGUGUGUGUGUGUGUGUGUGGGUAGAGAAGUGCAAAGGGGGGAUGAUGGUACUCACAGUGGAGCAGCAGGUGUUCAUUGUGGAAAGUUACGUGAGAACAAAUUUGUGGAAAUAGUGUACCAUGCAAUGCAUAGUCCGAAAAUAGUGUGCUGUCACCGCCAGACACCACACUUGCUAGGUGGUAGCUUAAAUCGGCCGCGGUCCAUUAGUACAUGGCAGACCCGCGUGUCGCCACUGUCAGGAUCGCAGACCGAGCGCCACCACAAGGCAGGUCUCGAGAGACGUACUAGCACUCGCCCCAGUUGUACGGACGACAUUGCUAGCGACUACACGUACGAAGCCUUUCUCUCAAUUGCCGAGAGACAGUUAGAAUAGCCUUCAGCUAAGUCCAUGGCUACGACCUAGCAAGGCGCCAUUUGUAACAUUGCAUGUAUCUAAAGAGUCUCACUUGUAUCGCCACAAUCUCCAGAUGUCUCAUCAAGAACAAUGUAUACAAAGGAUGGAUUAAAAGUUAAGUAUUCAAGAAGCUAUGUACUUUUCUUUAUAACAUUCAUUACGUAUCCUGUUUCAGACCUCACUCCAUCCUUCGUGAGUUAGCACAUGCAUCUUGGCCGCCUCUUUCAAUUAGUGUGCGUAGUGUUGGCAAGUCUGCCGACACUACAAAUAGCAUCUGACAAGAUCUGUUUUGAAAAAGUCAAAAACGUUCUGAAACAUGCCCGCACACCAGAAAAUGAUUGAGUCCUAACAAAUCAACCCAGCGGCUGUGUUUCUUUGUGCCCUGGAACUCUGUUCUCCAGUCCACUUCUAUUUGUCCUACCCUUUUUCUUACAAUAGCGAAAUUGUAUUUAAUUAUAUUAAAUAGUUGGAAAAUAUAUUACAUACUUUUAAAACAA